AUGGAUCCCUCAAUUCAGCGACUGCUCAACGACAAGCUCUAUGACAAGCGGAAGCAGGGCGCUCUCGAACUCGAGAAAAUCGUCCGCGAUGCCGUCUUUCAUGAAGAGGAAAACAGAAUUCACCAAAUCGUUGAGCAGCUCUGCCACGACUAUGCCUACGCUGUGCACCAACCUCAUGCUCGAAACGGUGGUCUGAUCGGACUGGCUGCGGCCUCGAUUGCCCUCGGAUCUGAGGGUGUGGCGCCGUACCUGAAGGAUAUCGUGCCCCCUGUUCUCGCCUGUUUCUCCGAUCAAGAUGCGCGCGUCAGAUAUUAUGCCUGCGAGGCCAUGUACAACAUCGCCAAGGUUGCCAAAGGCGAAAUCCUUCUAUUCUUCAACGACAUCUUCGAUGCACUGGCCAAACUUGCUUCCGACUCUGAGCUCUCCGUGAAGAACGGCGCGGAGCUUCUCGAUCGCCUGGUGAAAGAUAUCGUGGCCGAAUCCGCCGCAUCCUACGUCUCCGUCCUGCAGAUCGCAGAGAGGGAAGACCCGACAGAGCUGGACGAUACCGAGCUGCCCACGGCUUUCUCUCUCGCCAAAUUCAUUCCCCUGCUCAAAGAGCGUAUCCAUGUGCUCGGACCAUACACUCGCAUGUUCUUGGUCUCUUGGCUGACUCUGUUGGACACAAUCCCUGAUCUGGAACUGGUCUCUUACCUACCAGAAUUUCUCGAAGGCCUGAUCAGGUUCCUUGGAGGUCCCAACAAAGAUGUCAAUGUCGCAACCCAAGGUCUACUUGAUCGGUUUCUGACGGAGAUCAAGAAGAUCACUCGACUGAAGAAAGGAAUCGAGGGCCAAGGUAGUCACAGACGUUCGGCUGCGAGUGACACUGUCAGCUUCAGUACCAAGACUGAGACUGUUGACGAGACUGGGCCUGACUUUGUCGACAAGGAUGACAUCGCGGUAGAUGAUUCUGCUUCGGGCUCUCUCUUCGAUGAUGAGGUGGUUCAGGCCGAAGGAGGCUGGUUCCCAGGACAAGACGUACACAUUGACUACCCCAAGAUUCUCGAUAUCCUCGUCACCUUCGUCCAUACUUCUUACGAACAAGAGAUCCAACUUACCGCGCUCCGCUGGAUUGACAAAUUCUUUGAAAUCAGCCCUGAGGAUAUUCUCCCUUUCGUGCCCCGGCUUCUGACACAAGUGCUCCCUGCAAUGUCCAGUGGCUCCGACGAGGUCCGCCAGGCUGCCAAUCGUGUCAAUAAAUCCCUUCUCGAAUACAUCUAUUCCCUCUCUGAUGACGCGACUGAUGAGGCAGCCCAAUCCUCGUCAAAGGCAUCCUCAGCUGUACCCAGCAAAGAAAGCAUCGAGCGCAAGCCUUCAGAGAUUGUGAGCAUUGAUACCAAAAAAUCGGUGGUGGAGACCCCCAGCGCUGCCACUCCUCGCAGUAGUAUCGUCUCGACGCCCUUGCUGCCGACCGACCUCGAUUACGCCGCGGCGGUCAAAUCGCUGACGUUUCAACUUCUUAAUCAAAACGAAGCUACUCGGUUGGCUGCUGUCUCGUGGCUCAUGAUGCUCCACCACAAGGCUCCCCGAAAGGUGAUUGCCUUCAACGACGGAACAUUCCCCGCUCUGUUGAAGACACUCUCAGACCCUGCAGAAGCGGUCGUGACCAAGGAUUUGCAGCUUCUAUCGCAAAUCUCACGAAACAGCGACGACAGCUACUUUGCUUCAUUCAUGGUGAGCCUACUGCAACUCUUUACCACGGAUCGGCACCUGCUCGAGGCGCGUGGCAAUCUUAUCAUUCGACAACUGUGUCUCAACUUGAGCCCGGAGCGUAUCUAUCGUACUCUGGCCGAUUGUAUUGAAAAGGAAGAGGAUAUCGAGUUUGCCAGCAUCAUGGUUCAGAAUCUGAACAAUAACCUUAUUACUGCACCGGAGCUAUCAGAUAUGCGAAAGAGACUGCGCAACCUUGAUUCAAAGGAGGGCCAACUGUUCUUCGUUGCUCUUUUCCGAUCCUGGUGCCACAAUCCAGUUUCUACAUUCUCGCUGUGCCUUCUUGCGCAGGCUUACGAGCAAGCUUACAACCUUCUUCAGAUUUUUGCCGAAUUGGAAAUGACCGUCAAUAUGCUUAUCCAGAUCGACAAGCUGGUGCAGCUGCUCGAGUCCCCCGUUUUCACCUAUCUUCGCCUUCAGCUUCUCGAGCCCGAAAAAUAUCCUUACCUCUACAAAUCCCUUUACGGAAUUUUAAUGCUCCUGCCGCAGAGCUCGGCCUUUGCGGCACUGAAGAACCGGUUGAACAGCGUCAGCAAUAUCGGACUCCUUCAUUCUGGACCUCGCAGCGGCGCACCGGCCGGCCCAUCGUCGUACGAUCGUCCCACUGGAACACGUUUGAAGCCCCGUGAUGAGAACGGUAUCCGAUGGGUUGAUCUUCUCGACAAGUUCAAGCUAGUCCAGGAGCGUGCGCGUCGCACACAGGCCGCACCGCGCCAGUCGGUCGAUGACCCAUCUCUUACCGCCGCCCUCUCCGCCGCUACCAUUGACCGUCCGAGCACUCAGUCCGGCCUUUCUGGUGUCCCUAAGGGUAUGUCCGGAGGCUCUGGAGCUGCAGGGCCCGGUGCAGGAGGUGCAGGACUAGGUCUCGCCGGCGGCAGUGGUGCAGGCCGUGGACCACCCGACGCAAAGAUCAGCAAUUCUUCUUCUCUUCUCGGCUCGGCGCAUAAGCCCAAGUCGAGUCUUUCUAACCUGGGCAGAUUAGGUAUCGGAAGUCGUAAGUCGAAGAAGUAA